GCCAAGGGCAUAUAAAUAUUCCAUACGAAAUAUGAAUCGGUUAUUCAGUGCCAGUCGUUCAAGUUCACAGUUUGUAUCGAAAACGAAAGCUAAAAUGUCUAUUAAUAAAGUGUCUCAUUGUAUCUUUGAUAUGGACGGUCUACUAUUAGACACGGAAACGUUGUACACAAAAGUGUAUCAGAAAAUACUCGACCCGUUUGGCAAAGUGUACACAUGGGAUGUAAAACAAACGUUAAUGGGGUCACAUGCUCAUGAGGCGGCCAAACUAAUGGUUAAAACGUACGAAUUACCGAUAACGUGGGAAGAAUUUGCCGAACAAGCAAAACUUUUGACCACUGAAGUUAUGGGAACGGCCGAAUUUUUACCAGGUGCCGAACGAUUACUGAAACAUUUACACGCAAACAAUGUGCCGAUCGCAUUGGGUACAUCAUCCAGUAAAGAAAUCGCCGAAAUAAAAAUGGAAAACCAUGCGGCCAUUUUCGAUCUAUUUCACCACAAAGUCAUGGGCAGUACGGAUCCAGAUGUUAAAAUUGGAAAACCGGCUCCAGACAUAUUCAUUGUUGCUGCUCAACGAUUCCCCGACAAACCGAACCCGGCGAACUGCCUGGUGUUCGAGGAUGCUCCAAAUGGCGUCCGAGCAGCUACUUUGGCCGGCAUGCAAUCUGUGAUGGUACCUGAUAAAGCGGUCGCUGAAGAAUUUCGACAAGAGGCCACCAUUGUUAUUGACUCGUUGGAAGAUUUUCAACCCGAACUAUUUGGUCUGCCACCAUUUCCGACUGUGUAAAGCCGAACAGACGACAUGGACAUAUUGACCAUCGAAAUGGGCUACGUUGCAUUUGUGUUAGCUAUGCAAGGAAAACAGGAACUUUACAUUUUCUGGUUGACACAGUUUCUAGCUGGUUUAGCAUGAUCGAUGUGUGUGCAGUAUUUUUUUGUGUAGAAAUUAAUUUAUAAUUUUAGCGUACGCUACGCAUAGUUUACAAAUUUGUUUGAUGAUCACAUGACGAAACACAAAGAAAUUGAAAAGAAAAAAAUUAU